UCAAGAGAGAGAUCCUCAAAACCUCAAGAGCAAGCCAAAGAGAUUGUGAACCACCAUCAGGCACACACAUAAAAGAAAGGGACACAGAACUGUUUAAACCACACCUCAUCAAGAGAGAGAUCCUCAAAACCUCAAGAGCAAGCCAAAGAGAUUGUGAACCACCAUCAGGAACAAUGUCAUCCAAAGAUCUUGUCAAAGCUACCAAUAGCUUAGUAAAAGCAUCUGACUGCAGGGAAGACACUGCUAUGCUAACUAAAGCUAAUGCUAACUGGGAGGAGUACUUGACUCCUGCCCCAAUGUCAAUUGCUUUUCUUGGAGAGCUUGUCUUCAUUUCUGCCAACCAAGACUUCUCUAUCAAAGAUGGUGGACCAGUUCAGGGAUUCAAGUUCAUCAAAUAUCCAGACUCAUUCCGUGCCUGCCUCAUGCAAGUGUGCAAUUCUGGUUGGCGAGCAUUCAAUGAAGCCCACAAGAACAUGGACAAGAUAUGUUUGCACACUAGAAAUGUGCCUGCAUACAUGAAGAGGGCAGUGCAAAUACUUAUUCAAGAAGAUGAUGUCCUCAUUGAAAACCUUCUUCCUGAUGUAUUGGAAAACAUUGCCACCAUAUCACAGGAGUGUGUGACAUUGGCCAAAUCCUCUGAAAAGAGGUUCACUGAUGUCACUGAGUUGAUCUCUGAGCUUCUAGAGACUUGCACAAGUGCCAAACAGAGCUAUGGCAAACAUUUGGAGGAUGUUCGAAGAACUCUGGAUGAAGAAAAACAAAAAAAGAAAAUGUUUGAAGAGGAUGAAAAGCGAGCUCAGGAAGAGUUUAAGAAACAGGGUAAGCUGAUAGAAGAGGCUAAUCGAAUGUUCCAAGAGGCAAUGGAUUCAUUGCCCUCAGGAUGGGAGAUUAUUGGGAUGAACUUUGUUGAAGGAUUGACAAAUUCUGUGAAUACUCUUCUUGGAGCCGGCAUCAGUAUGUUGACAAAUCCUUCCACUCCCAAUCCUCCCCAAAACCCACAAGGGGGGCCAGCCGCAGUAGGACAUCCUGGAAACAAGGCAAGUAACAUUUUUAGUAAGUCGAGCCUCCUUCUGCCUGCUGCCAAGUCUUUGAGCAGCUUCAUUCAGGCAGAUCAAAUCCAGUGGACAAAUAUUGUUGACCCGUCAACUGGAAAGUCUAAGUGUGACUGGAUACAGGGGCAAGUUGAAAACGUCAACUUUUCAGAUGUGAACGAAAGUCCUGCAAAACUCCUGGCUGAAAAAAAUCGUCAACAAGCUCUUUCUAUCUGCUCUGACCUGAAGCAAAUGACCCCUGAGGGGAAGCAUGACGAUUCCAACAAUAACAAAGCACUGGUCCAGCGAAUCAAAAAGCUUAUGAAAUCUGCACAGCAAUUUGAUUCUAUGGGGAAAAAAGAAUCCAAUACUUCCUCUUUCCCAGUCCAACCUCCUGCGAUGGCUAAAGCCCAAAGCAGCCAGUCAUCAUCGGCAGGUGAAACAGCAACACAAAAUGCCCGUUUUCGCAUUGAGCAGAUGAGAAUUCAACUUGAUCAGGCCAGGCAGCAAUAUGAAAAAUCUUUGGACAAAAUGGAACAAAAGAAAAGAGAACUAACAGAGACCCUGAUCAAGUUGAGAUCCUGUGAGGUCAAAGAGAUUGACUUUGAGACCACUAUCAAGCUUUUGGCCAUUGGUCUCCAAGCCAUGGGAAGUUUGCAGGAGAAGUGGCGUAAAAUGGUGCAGUUCUUCCAGAUGAUCUCAAACAUCAUUGACACUUCCCUGAAGUCAUCUCUAAAAGACUUUGUUGAUACCGCUAAAAAGCCAUAUCCCAAAAACAUGAAGUAUUCAUCCAAAAUGUUUUUGCAAGAUGUGCUAUACCAACAGGCUUUCCAAGCAUCCAACAUUGCCAACCUGGUUAACAUGAUCUCUGGAACCUACACUGAGAUCUCCAGCAAGUACUUGAUGGAUCGAGUCGGCAGCCUGGGUAGACUCAUGGCCUUGGAUCCCAAGGACAGUCAGUUUGAAGUAGAACGACGGGCGCUGGCUGCAUCUUGUGACGAGGCAGGAGAAUGUAUUCGAGAUCUUGUCCUGAAAAACAAAAAACAGUAUGAUUUAAAAACCAAAGCAAGGCUCCUGAAAAUAGAAAACGAUCUGAAUGCUGUUUUGCCUCCACCAUCCAAGGAAGAGCAAGAGGAGCUUAAGGAGAUGAAAGAUGCAGUGACUGAAGGAUUCAAGGAGGAUUCAGACAUCGACCAGUUUUCUUAAAGAGCUGUUAAAAGCAAACUCUUUGCUCA